GAAAAUGCAGUUAUGCACCUUACUAUAAAUAAGUAACAAGACUUUGAAAGAUUUAUCACAUCCAAAAUCUUUGCUAAAAAUCCAAAUCCUCUCAACAUCAAAAAACUUAUUUCAAUCUUCAUUUAGACGAUUUCAUAUCAAGGAUGGCUAUCCGUUUUCAAUCUGUCCUCUCUAACGCAAAGCAAAUUCUUAAAAAAAGUCGACAAGCAGAAAUACCAAAGGGAUUUAUCCCGGUCUAUGUAGGUGAUCAGGGCAAUAAGACGAAAUAUGUGGUGCCGCUUUCUUACUUGAGCCACCCUACAUUUCAAGAUUUGUUACAACGUGCUGAAGAAGAGUUUGGGUUCAGUCAUCCUAUGGGUGUUUUAACCAUUCCUUGCUCUGAAGAAACAUUCUUUGGCCUAACAUCUGAACUGAAGUGCUAAUAGAUGUAUACUUAGAUUCAUUAGCUGUGCUAAUUUUUUGGGGGUUUUUUCCCCUUAGACAUUAAUCAUUAUAGACUUUUUAGAUAAACUAUUACUGUACAAAGGUAUACUUUUUCCCAUCUAUAUCAUUCAGAUAUCAGAUGGUGGUUCUUAAUUUAAAUGAACUCAAAAUUCAAGUAUAUUUGCUUCAUUUUAUAGUCUAAUUAUAGUUUCUCAUAAUGGUUCGUGCUUCUUCUAGGUUCGGACCUGCCUAGGAUAUGGCCUAUGUCAUUUGAUUAAAAAUCUUAUUAAUAUGAAUUGAGUAACAUGUAACACAUAAAAAUAACAGUUAAGUUGGUUUUGUACACAUAUAGAGAGAUGACAAUUAGGCAUAUCAUAUACAAGUAUUUUGGAUUCGCCGCUGCCUGCUAUGCUGCAACAAUUCCUAAUUUUCCUAAAUUUACGUGUCAUUUUAACGGUCGAAUUAGUUAGGGUAAUAUAACAUUAUUUGUAGCAGAUAAUAGAGUAUGGUUUGCAGUCUUUCAUUCUUCUUCAGGCCCUGAUCAUAG